UUAAAAGCAUGUGUCAUCUUGACUCCUCGGUCCAAAAUCACUCUUAAGGUUCGAGGAAAUACAGGCGAACGGGGACGAGGUGAAUCUACAAGCCAGCUUAAAUCAGAAGCCACAGGAGUGGAGAAAUAUUUGACAAAGUUUAAGUUUUACUGGCAGGCCGGGAGUGACCUGCAUUUAUAGCCACCGGCGUCAUCUGAUCUGACCACUGCUCUUACCUUCGGUUGCUCCAGCGGUAAAGUGAGCGGUGAUGACCCUGUCUGGAGGCACAAGUGCCAGCAACAUGUCCGGUCAGACCGUGCUUACAGCUGACGAUGUGGAUAUCGACGUGGUCGGGGAGGGCGACGAGUGUAUGGAGCGGGACAGUGACUGCGAGAGCCAGUGCAUGCAGGACCGAGGAGAUGAGGUGGAGGAGAUCGAGGUGAAAGAGCGCAGCGACAGCCCUUGCGAGAGCGCCGGCGAGGGUGAGUCCAGGGGGGAUGUCCUGGAAAGCUCCCCGGGUCCCAUGCAGAGCAAACCCAAGAACAGCCUGGUGAAGCCGCCCUACUCUUACAUCGCACUCAUUACCAUGUCCAUCCUCCAGAGUCCGCAGAAAAAGCUAACGCUCAGUGGAAUCUGCGAGUUCAUAAGCAACCGCUUUCCUUACUACCGGGAGAAGUUUCCUGCUUGGCAAAACUCCAUUCGCCACAACUUGUCUCUCAACGACUGCUUCGUCAAGAUCCCACGGGAACCGGGCAACCCGGGCAAAGGCAACUACUGGACCCUCGACCCCCAGUCGGAAGAUAUGUUUGACAACGGCAGCUUUCUGAGGAGGAGAAAACGCUUUAAGAGACAUCAGCCGGACAUUCUCAGGGAACAAGCCGCUCUCAUGAUGCAGAGUUUUGGGGCGUACAGCCUCGGGAAUCCAUACGGCCGUCAUUACGGAAUUCACCCGGCCUACUCUCACCCAGCAGCCGCUCUGCAGUAUCCAUACAUUCCACCGGUGGGUCCGAUGCUCCCUCCGGCGGUGCCUCUCUUAUCCUCGGCAGAACUGAACAGAAAAGCGUUUAACUCGCAACUAAGUCCGAGUCUUCAGUUACAUCUCAACAGCUUGAGCACCGCGUCAAUUAUCAAAUCCGAACCUUCCAGUCGACCAUCGUUCAGCAUAGAGAAUAUUAUCGGGGUGUCCAGCAGCUCCACGAACGCGCAGACUUUCCUGCGGCCGCCCGUCACGGUGCAGUCCGCCUUACUGAGCGCACAAUCCCUGUCCCUAACCCGGACAUCAGCUGCCAUCGCGCCUAUUCUCAGCGUCCCAUCAAAUAUCAUCUCCGGACAGUUUUUGCCCACAGUGUCCACAGCAGCGUUAUCCAAAUGGCCUUCUCAAUGAUAAUCUUCAUAUUUUUUACACAUAUAUAUUUUAAGACGUUACAGCACGAACUAUAGGCAGCACUGGACAAAUCGUCCGCCCCAAUGUAGCCAUGUAAAGACUUUUGUGAAAAAAAAGAAAAUUCAUUAUCAAAAGGAAUGCUUUCGGUACAGGUAAUGUUUGUAAAUAUUUGUACAAAGAAAUUAAUUUACACGUUUUACUUUUGUAUUUCAUUUCGUUGUUUAAACUGUAUGACAGUAGAGUGAGCCUUGUUUUUCUUUUUUUUCAUGGGUAUCCUGAGAUUCCACGAACAAUGUUUUGCUUUGUUAAUAAAAUAUUAAAUUGUUCUCAUUCAAAGACUGGAAAAAAAGUAUGUUUAUAAAAUUUAAAUAUAUGUAUUCUAUGUAGCUAUUGUGUUGUAAAUCAACUCCAUUUGUUAAUAAAUAUGAAAAACCAUUUCAGACAAAAUCGACUUCAUGAAAUUUAACUGCAAAAAAAGUAUUACUGACAUAAAAGAUAAAACCGUAAACGAUGAUAUAAGAAAUGUA